AUGGCAGUAAAAAUUAAUAGUCAAAUAAAAAUUACCGUUUAUGGUUAUGACGUAGCAACUACUGAAGAAGCCACGCGGCUGGUUAGUGAAAAACUUUCUCAACUCAAAUUAAAAUUCAGUGGUCCCAUGCCUUUUCCAACCAAAAGGGUGCUCCGCUCAGUACCUAUUUCUCCUCACAAACAUAAGGAUUCGCAAGAACAAUUUGUUCGAGAAAUUCACCAGCGAGUAAUUCACAUUGCUAAGAUUUCUCCAAGUGACUUAGAAUCCCUCGAAAAGUUAAAGGUUCCUAACACUGCCCACCUGGAAGUCUUAUCUCCAAUGCGAAACUUCUGGCGGUUAGUGGCAAACUUCCUGCGAGUGGCUCGCAUCGAAAAGGAACGAUUAUUUCCGGCUAACGAGGAAUUGUUUACUCAGCAGUUGGCGGUGAGUUCCGAAAAGGAAAAGAGUAUCAAGGCUGAGAUGGAAAAGGUUAAUGAAAUAAAAAAAUGGGUAAUGGAUAAGUUGGAAAAAGCGAUUCCAAUGAGUAAAGAAGAGGCCAAAAAAAAUCUCUUAUUUCUACUAAGAGAAGAAGUGGACCAAGAAUUAGACAAAAUAAUUGGGAAAGAAGGGCGAAAUAUUAAUGCCUUUCAACGAGUUACUGGAACCGAAUUAAUCAUUGACCGCGAAAGUGACGAAUUAAGCGUUCAGAUUUCCUCUUUUAACUCUUUGCGUCGAGCCGUAGGGUUACAAACUCUCCAAACUUUAAUUAAAGAAGUAAGUUCAGAAAUUAAAGAAUUUAUUAUCAAGACUGGAACGGAGGUCUUGAAGGAAUUGGAAUUGAAUAAUGUCCAUCCCGAAUUAGUUAAACAUUUGGGAAGACUAAAAUUUCGCACAAGUUAUGGGCAAAAUGUUCUUGAACAUUGCUUAGAAGUGGCCAAAUUAGCGGGAAGUAUUGCGGCUGAAUUAGAUUUAGACGUUCUUCUGGCUCGGCGAGUUGGCUUAUUUCAUGACAUUGGCAAAGCAGUGGAAGAUAAUGGAAGUUAUUCCCAUGUCCUGAGUGGUGUCAGUUUAGCCAAAAAGUGCCAGGAAUCCGAAGUGGUUAUUAACGCCAUUGCUUCUCAUCAUCGGGAUUUUCCUCCUAAUAAUCUUUAUUCUUUGAUUGUUUUAGCGGCCGAUAAAUUGUCAGCAGCCCGUCCUGGUGCCCGCGGCUACCAGUCAGAAUCUUAUAUAGAAAGAAUGAAUAGUUUGGAAAAUAUUGCUAAUAAGUUCCCCGGCAUCAAAAAAAGUUAUGCUUUUCAAGCCGGACGGGAGGUCUGA